UGGCUGUGCCGUCGUGAGAGGCGUCACGUCAUGUGACGCCAAAAACGCGCAAAGUCAGACUUAAGCUUCAUCAGCUGACAUCAUAGCUUACAGAGUACUUAUACCCCCUGAGACGAUUAUUAUGGAGUCGAGGCUAAUAUUAAUCUUGACCUUCGAUACGCAGCUCCCCUCAUCCAACGACACUUACAAUGGGUAUACCAGACGAAAACAUCCAUCCCAACGCAACCGGAAACGCUGCUAAAGUAGUCGCAGAACACCAAGCGAAGCAGGAUUUGGUGUUCUACUCGGGAUGGUUCUGUCCUUUCAAUCAGCGUGUCUGGAUUUCCCUCGAGGAAAAGGGCAUACCAUACCAAUACAAGGAGGUCAACCCAUACAGAAAAGAGAAGCAUUUCCUUGAUAUUAACCCCAAGGGCCUCGUCCCCGCAAUCGAGUACCAGGGAAAGGCCCUAUACGAGUCGCUCGUUUUAUGCGAGUUCCUUGAGGAGGCUUACCCUGACCAUAAGCCUCACCUGCUACCUGCCGAUCCAUUCGAGCGCGCCAACGCGCGCCUGUGGAUCGACCACACAUCGAAAACGAUAAUCCCAGCCUGGCACCGUCUUCUCCAGGCACAGAGCAAGGAACAGCAAGACGCCGCACGCCAGGAACUCUACGACGCGCAGAGAAAGCUCGCGCAGCAGGUCAAGGGGCCGUACUUUUCUGGAGAAGAGUUUGGUUUGGUCGAUGUCGCUAAUGCGCCAUGGGUAGCUCGGGAAUAUAUUCUUGCUGAACACAGGGGGUAUGACAGAGCGCAAGUCGGCGGCAGUUGGAGCGAGUAUGCAGAGCGCUUGGCUACGCGCGAGAGCGUCAGCAAAACCACGAGCGAUGAAGACAAGCUUCAGGUUAUCUAUGAUCGGUAUCUUCGCGACGAAGCUCAAAGCGAGGUUGCGAAGGCUCUCAGAGCUGGUAGACCUUUACCUUAGUCAGAAACAAGUAGCAUUUCCAAUGAUAAGAGACUGCAGAAAGUGUUAUAUCAAUGGCUGAGAGGUCUACCAAUGACUACCAUAAGAUAGCACUAUCGUCAAGGUACAAACGAAAACUACUCAGGUAUCCCUGGUACAUACAACAUUUCAAGGAUCCUGAUGUCUAUUACGUUGCCGACCGUGAACCUCAAAAGUUUGCUAUGAACUCAACUCCAAUGAGUUGAAUGGUAUCCUCCUGUUUGGAUUCUAUAUUUGGGUAUUUUUAGUUGUUGCGAUGGUAAGAUGUUCG